AUGCUCUCGGCCCUCGUCGUCGCCCUCGCCCUCGCCGUCCACAGCGUAUCCGCGCACUUUGGCCUCAUCCAUCCCCCAUGGCGCUUCGACACGCUCUCCAAAGCCGGUGAAGCCAAGUACAGCCAAUGGACGUAUCCCUGCGCCGGCGUCGCGUACAAGUCCGGCAACGUGACGGACUGGCCGGUCGGCGGUGGCGCCCUCAAGCUGGACCUGCACCACGCGUGGACCUACGUCUUCGUCAACCUCGGGCUGGGCGACAACGCGACCAACUUCAACGUCUCGCUGACCCCGGAGUUCUGGAACGUGACCGGCAAGGGGACCCUGUGCGUGGACAAGCUGCCUGUCCCGGUGGCCGUGGAGGACGGCACCCCGGCUUCGCUGCAGGUCGUCACGGUGGGCGAGAGCGGCUCCGCGCUGUACAACUGCGCCGACAUCAGGCUCGUCAAGGACGCCAAGGGCCCGGCGAACUGCACCUCUUCGAGUGGCGUAAAGGUCAGCAGCGUCAGGCAGCAGCAGCAGCAGCAGGGUGGGGGUGGCAACUCGUCCGGCAAUGGGACGACGGGCAGUGACAAGGGCAGUGGUGGUGGUGUUGUUGUCUCUGGCGCAAACAUCUGGGCGCUGGUGACGGCGGCUGGGCUGGCGUACGGCUUCGCGUUGGUUAUUUGA